GCAAGCCGUUAAGCAGCUUUCCUCCAUGGAGUCUCCGUCAGUUCCUGCCUCAGGUUCCUGCCGUGACUUUCUGCCUUGGCCAGUAGAUGUAAGAGAAACCUUUUCCUCCCAAGUUGCUUCUGCUCAUGUGGUUUAUGACAGCAGCAGUAUGUAGCCAGCACAUCACUGCAAACAGGAAUUCAGCAGGAACUGGUUGGAAACUAUUAGCCGAGGGUGACAGUUAGCUGGUGCUUGGGCCACAGGGGCGCCCAGACACAAGGUCAGUGGGGAUGCUUAGGGGUGCUUCAGGGGGUUUCUCUGGAUGAGAUUGAGCUGCGAAGACCUGGCUUUUACUCUGGAAGAGAGACAACAGCUGAACAUUCAUGGAUUGUUGCCGCCCUGCAUCGUCAGCCAGGAACUCCAGGUCCUUAGAAUAAUGAAGAAUUUCGAGCGACUGAACUCUGACUUCGACAGGUAUCUUCUGCUAAUGGACCUGCAAGAUAGAAAUGAGAAGCUCUUUUAUAGUGUGCUCAUGUCUAAUGUUGAAAAGUUCAUGCCUAUCGUUUAUACCCCCACCGUGGGUCUCGCUUGCCAGCAAUACAGUUUGGCAUUCCGGAAGCCAAGAGGCCUCUUUAUUAGCAUCCAUGACAAAGGGCACAUUGCUUCAGUCCUUAAUGCAUGGCCAGAGGAUGUCGUCAAGGCUAUUGUGGUAACUGAUGGGGAGCGCAUCCUCGGCUUGGGAGACCUUGGCUGUAAUGGGAUGGGCAUCCCUGUGGGUAAACUGGCCCUGUACACGGCAUGUGGAGGGGUGAACCCACAACAGUGUCUACCCAUCACUUUGGAUGUAGGAACAGAAAAUGAGGAGUUACUUAAGGAUCCACUGUACAUUGGACUGCGGCACCGGCGAGUCAGAGGUCCUGAGUAUGACGCCUUCCUGGAUGAGUUCAUGGAGGCAGCAUCUUCCAAAUACGGCAUGAAUUGCCUUAUUCAGUUUGAAGAUUUUGCCAAUCUGAAUGCAUUUCGUCUCCUGAACAAGUAUCGAAACAAGUAUUGCACAUUUAACGAUGAUAUUCAAGGAACAGCGUCUGUUGCGGUUGCGGGUCUCCUUGCAGCUCUUCGAAUAACCAAGAACAAACUCUCUGACCAGACAGUGCUGUUCCAGGGAGCUGGAGAGGCUGCCUUGGGGAUUGCUCACUUGAUUGUUAUGGCCAUGGAGAAAGAAGGUUUAUCAAAGGAGAAUGCUAGAAAAAAGAUAUGGUUGGUUGACUCAAAAGGAUUAAUAGUUAAGGGGCGUGCUUCUCUCACAGAAGAGAAAGAGGUGUUUGCCCAUGAACAUGAAGAAAUGAAGAAUCUAGAAGCCAUUGUUCAAAAGAUAAAACCAACUGCCCUCAUAGGAGUUGCUGCAAUUGGUGGUGCUUUCACGGAACAAAUUCUCAAGGAUAUGGCUGCCUUCAACGAGCGGCCCAUCAUCUUUGCUUUGAGUAAUCCGACCAGCAAAGCCGAGUGCUCUGCAGAGCAGUGCUACAAUGUGACCAAGGGACGUGCAAUCUUUGCCAGCGGCAGUCCUUUUGAUCCAGUCACUCUCCCAGAUGGACGGACUCUGUUUCCUGGCCAAGGCAACAAUUCCUACGUGUUCCCUGGAGUUGCCCUUGGGGUGGUGGCCUGCGGUCUGAAACACAUCGAUGACAAGGUCUUCCUCACCACUGCUGAGGUCAUAUCUCAGCAAGUGUCAGAUAAACACCUACAAGAAGGCCGGCUCUAUCCUCCUUUGAAUACCAUUCGGGACGUUUCAUUGAAAAUUGCAGUAAAGAUUGUGCAAGAUGCAUACAAAGAAAAGCUGGCCACUGUUUAUCCUGAACCCCAAAACAAAGAAGAGUUUGUCUCCUCCCAGAUGUACAGCACGGAUUAUGACCAGAUUCUACCUGAUUGUUACUCCUGGCCCGAAGAAGUCCAGAAAAUACAGACCAAAGUCAGUCAGUAACACAACAGCUAGGAUUUUUAACUUUGUUAGUCAAAUCGUGAAGUUUUCCCCAUUUUUAAGGGUCAGAAUCUUUUCUGAUGAUACAUAGUUUGCUUAGAAUAAGGUGAUUUUAGUUUAAUAACAAACUCAUGGGAGUCUAUUAGGAUAGAUUAGGGUAAAUUUCACACUGGCAGUUUUGUUUCACUCACUGUGGAUAUUUAUGUUUUCUCUUGUGAUUAUUCUCUUUACGAAUUCUGUUUAAAAGCUACUGUCCCUGCUGCUGAGAAGUUCCUCACUGAUAUGGAAGACCCACACUAGUAAUAAAUUAAUAUAGCAUAACUUGAUUACAUUAAAUGCCUACAGUUCUUUCUUGACUAUUUUGUUAAAAUCUCUUAAACAGUAAAGAUAAACAAACUUGGGUAUAACUGAACUUUUACUAAACAGAAGCACUACUUGGUUGCCUAGAGAAAAAUCUUCUCAGGACUUCUAUUCCAGGCCUUCCUUAGCUUUGCUCUGACUCUCAGCACCUCUGAGAAAGCUCCCUGCUGUUUACAGUACCUUGAGUAGCCUUAGAUCCUCGGAGUCUUCUGUCAUUGUUAUAUCCCACAGAGUAAAGCUCCUUCACACCCUUUCGCAUCUCCGAGCAGCCCCUGGCCCCGCUGAGAUACUCGGGUGCUUGUUAGUGUAGGCUGGGCUGCAGGAGGGUCCUUGAGAAGGGGCCCUGGGAACCUACCUCCGAGACAAGGAUGUCAGAUGCCAGACAGUGGUUCCCAGACAGACAAGCUCUGGCUCCAUGAACGUCACUUGCUUAGUUCGGAGGACUGAGAGCUCAUGGCAUGAGUAAAUACAUCUCUAAAGCCUACCUUUCUACCAGAUAUUAAAAUAUGUUAAUUACCAAAACCAUUCUGUGAGAAAAAACAAGCCUUUCCUAGAUGGUAUUAAUUUACUGGACACGCUGAUAAUGGCAUGACUAGAAACAGCCUUAACUCCUAAGCUCAGGUUUGAGGACAUUCUGUAUAUCUAGUGACGCUUCUGAUUUUAAAGCCUGUGUGGGUUUACGGUGGGCAGCUCUGUACAGCGAUCUCCUUGAAGGUGAAGGUACAGAUUCUUCAGGUGUGAGUUAAAAGGGUACAGACUUCUAAUGACAACUUUAAACUAACGGUUUCUUCAGUAUAGUUAUUUGGGAAAGAUUCAGAAUUUCUAUCUAUUCUUGUCUGUUUCCAUGUUGUUGGAUAGUUGUAAAUGAAUGUAUUUACCUAUGCAAAAGAUUUAUUAAAGCCUAGAGAAUAUGAAUAAUAUCGUAA